AUCUGCAGGAUGUGGAACGACACAGUUCGGAAGCAGACAGAAUCUUCUUUCAUGGCGGGAGAUAUCAACAGCACCCCGACACUCAACCGUGGUGGUGGGUGCUGCUGUCUGUGAUGCUCGGAGGGAGGCUGGGCUCCAGGGACAGGCCAACGGUGGAAACAUGACUUCUGAGUAACCUGCAGCUACUUUGUCUGCUCAGUAUGAACAGCGAGGAGGAGUUUUUCGACGCUGAGACAGGGCUGGAGUCAGAUGAUUCCUGCGAGGUCAGCUUUAAAGAUGCCACACAGGAGAAUGGAGUGUGGGAGCGCAGGAAAAAGCUGCCAGCUGAAAUGAUCUCCAGAAAUAACUUCAGUGUUUGGAAUAUUCUGAAGAAAUGCAUUGGCAUGGAGCUGUCCAAAAUAGCAAUGCCGGUCGUGUUUAACGAACCGCUCAGCUUUCUCCAGAGAAUCUCAGAGUACAUGGAGCACACUCACCUCAUCCACAAAGCCUGCAGUUUAUCAGACUCCAUAGACCGCAUGCAGGUUGUUGCUGCAUUUGCUGUUUCGGCUGUAGCAUCUCAAUGGGAGAGGACUGGAAAGCCUUUCAAUCCUUUACUGGGGGAGACCUAUGAACUCACAAGGGAGGACGAAGGCUACAGAUUGAUCUCGGAGCAGGUGAGCCACCACCCUCCCAUCAGUGCCUUCCACGCCGAGUCGCUGAAGAAAGAAUUUGAGUUUCAUGGCUCUAUCUACCCAAAACUCAAGUUCUGGGGCAAAAGUGUGGAGGCUGAACCUAAAGGCACCAUGACGCUGGAGUUACUAAAACAUAAAGAAGCUUACACGUGGACGAAUCCAAUGUGCUGUGUGCAUAACAUCAUCCUGGGAAAACUCUGGAUUGAACAGUAUGGAACUGUAGAGAUAGUCAACCACAGGACGGGUGAUAAGUGUGUCCUAAACUUCAAACCCUGUGGGAUGUUUGGAAAGGAACUGCACAAAGUAGAAGGUCAUAUCCAAGAUAAAAGUAAGAAGAAGCGGCGAGUUAUCUAUGGGAAAUGGACAGAGUGCAUGUACAGCGUGGACCCCAAGGUUUACGAAGCGUACAAGAAGUCGGAGAAGAAGAGCGGGGGCGAGUCAAAGAAGCUGAGACAGGAGCGUAGCUGUGAAGCAGAGGAGGCAGAUGAGAUGCCAGAAGUUCAAGAGACUGUGACUGUGAUACCAGGAAGUGCCUUACUGUGGAGGAUAACACCUCGGCCCGCUCACUCAGCACAGAUGUAUAACUUCACCAGCUUUGCCAUAACACUAAACGAGCUGGAGCCCAGCAUGGAGAGACUACUGUCACCAACAGACUGCCGGCUGAGGCCUGACAUCAGAGCGAUGGAGAAUGGAGACACAGAUUUGGCGAGUUCUGAGAAAGAGCGUUUAGAGGAGAAACAGAGAGCUGCACGCAGGGAACGAUCCAAGGACGAGGAGGAGUGGUCAACCAGGUGGUUCCAGAUGGGAACAAACCCUCACACAGGAGCCGAGGACUGGCUGUACACAGGUGGAUACUUUGACAGGAACUUCACUGACUGUCCCAACAUUUAUUGACACAGGAGGUGUUUGGUGUUUAAAACAAAAAAUCUUCUCUUUGAUAGGUUUCAUUUUGUUUCUCUGUGAUUCGUGACAGCCAGACGCUCGCUGGUACUGUCUUUGUUAGGAUCGAUGAAAGUUGAUUUCAAACAGGUUAUCAGAUCAUCUCCAGCUGACUGUGACCUUUGUCUGCAGGAGAUGUGUAACAUUAAGGAGAACUGUAGAGUUUACUUCCUGUAAACAUCAAACAUCUUCUUUAUAUGCCCUAAACAUGUAUGUUACUCACCAUUCAUUCAUCCAAGGGUUUAAAAGCAGCCACCAGUGUGAUCUGGGGCGUGGUGAGCUACCUGGUGGAGGAUGCAAAGGAAAUAUUUUCAGUUUUAGUUCAGGUACUCAGGUACCAUAAUCUCACCUGUAGAUGUUCAACGCACUUCUGUCAAGCUGCAUUCAAAUAUCAGGGGUUAUUUAAUCGCAUCUGCUACUUUUAUAUAACCUAUUUGGAAAUUAGAUGUCUGUUUUAGUUAGCACUUAACGUCAAAGAAAAUGUCACAAAGUGUUUCUGUGAAUAGAGACUUAUAGUAGAAAUGAAAGCUGCUUAUAACCACGUUUACUGCCUCAGUAAACAGAUACGUUGGUACAGUAUAUUGUUCUCCGCUGUAACAUACGUAAUGUGUAUAAUAACUGGUGCAUGCAUGCUCACCAACAUCAUAAUUUCCACAAGUUAAAGCCAUACAAAAAACUUUUUCUGCACUGAGAAUAAAAGCAUCUAUAUAAACCUUUAAGGCAAAGGGAUGCAGAGACGAGACGUUUUCAAAAGUCUGACACUGUGGCCGCCUCCCUGGCUCCUUCACCGCUCACACACUGUGAAAAUGUUCACAAUGCACAGUUAAUAUCUGUGGGUGAACGGACAGAGUGUCAGACCCCGUUUACACUUGGUUUUAAAAUGUGUCAGGUCCAAAUACACCGCAUUAAAUACGAAUAUAUAAGCCACUGAUAUGAUCAAUCAAACCAUCUCUCAGUGUGGUCUGGGAGGCACUGUGAACAAUAAAGUUGGAGCUAGCUACUGUGACACCACCCACUGGUUUCUGGACUUUUUCUGGGUGGUUUCUGUAAUAUUUCAGGCCUGUAUAUCUCACUAAUUUCUGGGUGUGCAUUAGAAGUUAAUGAGGGUUUUCUCUGCCUUUGCAUCUACCCUACUUUUAUCUGAUAAUUCUAUUAAAAUGUUCCAAAAUAGCAGAAACACAGUGAUAAGGUCCAGCUCAGUGACUUGGGUGAGGUGAGGCUGCUCCUGCCUUUGUCUACACACCUGUCACAGCAGCCACGCCCCCAGCCUUACAUCUCACCUGCAUCUAGUUGUUGUUAUGAAGCACAACUGUCCACAUGUACUGACAGCACUUUUUCUAUAACGAGCUGUAAACAAGUUGUCUCCAUAGCUGAAGCUUUAGUUCCACUUGAGGAAUUAAGAGUUUUUUUUGGCGUCUCUGCGUUGGCCUCAUUUUCAGUCCCAGAGCGCAAAGUGCCAAAAACUGCAGCCCCUCUAAUAACAACUUGAGACUGGCUCCAAAAGCGACUCAGUCCCCACAGGCUCCCAUGAUAAAAUGCCCAACUUUACAUCAUUAAUAAGCGUGUUUACAGCUUCUUUCUUUGAUCCCCUCUUAUUUUAUUUUUAUCUUUUAAACUUUCGAUGCUAGCGAGGCUAAAAGUUGGGGAUAAAUUCGUUUGGCAGGUGUCACUACAGGCUGUUGGAGCAUUUUUAGUUAGAUUAUCUGACAAAUUAUGCAGUUUGCUGUGCUGUUAAUUGUUCAAACAAUCCUAUAAGUCUGUGUUCCUUAUUUUCUUUAUUUUUAUUUGUGCGCCAUUCAGCUCUAGUUUGCAGAUAUGCGUCUCUUGCAGUUAAUGUAUGCAACUUUCUGACAAAGCUUGCUACCCUUAACUCAUCACUCAUCACUCGACCCUCUCAUCCAGAUAUCGUGGCGGCUAAAACGCUGAUGUUGAGGUUUCUAUAACAGCUGCAUGACAUCAGAGUGGCUACUUUCAUCUCUUAUAAACCAUCAAGCCAGGACGUGGUGGUUUUUCUUUUUGUUUUGUGCACCAUUUUUAAAACUUUGCCUGCCAGUCUCUACAUCUGGACUCUCCAGACUCUUGACUGAUGACAGACAGGUGAAUACUUGGGGCACUUUGACCUUCUAAUGGAGGUAACGCAGAUUGUAAGGAAGUCUGAGCACAUGUGGUUCGAUCCAUGGAGGCAACACUGUGAUGAGUCUUGACUGUUCACUUGUGAUCCAAUUUCCAGAGUGGCUUUUUAAAACCAAGUGUAAACACUGCAUUAAAUACAUAUUUUUAAUAAUGCUCUGAGCCUCCGUGCUGCCAAACAAUAUUAAACAUCAUAGGUAAUACUUAUAAUAAUGAACACACUGAUUUUCUGCUCUAACUUCACUUUGGAGCUUAUAGGACCGUAAACACGUAUGAUGAUGUUUCCAUGAAAAUGGUUAAUAAGCUUUCAACUACAGCUUGAGUCCUGUUUUCUUUUUCUUUUCUUUUUUUUAAUUUUUAGCAAACGCCCGCCAUCAAAAACUACGCCAAAUUAGUUAUUCCAAGGUUUUUUGGAGGGUUGUACCCAUGGACGUGCAGGCCACUGCGACAGGGAUACUUUAAUACUGUAGAUAAUGUAAAAAUUCUCAGGCAAGUUCUGCAGUGAUAGAGGACAUCCUUUGUUCUGAAUGGAUUGUUGGAUAUUUACAUAAUGAUAUCCUCUGGAAAUAUAAGUUAAACUAACACUAAAAAUGUAAAAAAAAAAAAAAAAAAAAUUACAGCCAUGUGUUCACAUUGGCCUGAGAGAAAGAGUAGAGACAUCUAUCUCACUGCUCCACCAUGAAAGGUUCACUCCAUAGUUUGAACACCUCGGCUUUAAAGUGACUGUAUUGUGCCCUUUGUUUGUACAAUGAUCCCUGUGAGCCAAAAGUUCAGACUGCUAUAAACACUCAUUUUCAGACUUUUUUUUUUUCCUACUCUUCACUUGUGUGAUGCUAGUAAGAGUGGAUAUCCCUAAUUUGGUCAACAGCUAUGGCACUAGGCACUAAGGCCCCACCCACCUGCAAGGAGCAGCCAAUCAGAAGAACAGUAGUUCUGAGAUAAACACUUCGUUCAGAUGUAGAAAGUAUAAAAGAUAGCUGUGGCUUUGUAUUUAAACCCUGUAGUCUUUUUAAUGGCCACCAGAGGGCGACCUGAAUCCUCGCUUACUCAGUAAACAGUUUGCUGGUGUGUUUAUAGAGUCAUGUACUAGAUUCAGAUCAUGUUUAAUAAAGCAUUAAGUCAUUUUGGUAACUUAUGGUCAUGUAAUCGAUAGUCAGAGCUGCGUCUCGUUCCUCACACCUGAUUUCAAAACACUAAAGUAAUGAAAAUGUUCAACUCGAGGCUUCAUAGCAGGACUUCAUUCAACACUGGGUGACGUCCCUGUUGCUGUAUAUGUCUUUUAUGUUUUCUGUGAUUUAAACACAGAGUGAACUGAAUGGGCCAUGUGUAAGAUGGGAUUAUUAUGAACUGUGAGUCAUGCAAAGCUACUCUACUAGAGUCCAAGAAAGAAAACAGGAAGCUGGGAAUGAGCAUAAUCUGUCCCCUUAAAGACAAAGCUGCAUCAUUUUGACGCCUUUUUCACGUGGCUGAGUAACACUUUGAAGGCUUUUUUUUUUUUUUU